CGAAAAUUCAUCAACCCUACGCUCCUCCGACCGCCGCUGCGUUUCCCGCCGUCAUUUGCCGGCGUUAUAGAUAGACCAGAAAGUCUCUCUCUCUCUACCUCACAGCUCCACUGAUAUAAACGAUCCUUUAAGGUUCUUGAAGUUGUAUCUAAGCACAUUCACUUCAACGAAAUGUCUAUCACAUCAUCACUUACUUCAGCCACACUUUGCAGAAGCUUGGUUUCUCCUAAGGCUUUAGCUUGCAGCAAUGAGUUCCAAAGCAAUCAUCUCUCAUCUCCCAAGAAAAAUGCUACUUGGAAUCUGACCCGGAAGAUUACUCCGGUUCAAGGAAUCAGGUGUCAAGCUAUGCAAGUUGAGACAAAGGAACCCUUUACCGCUGGGAAGAAGUUUCAACUUAGUGAUGUGAUUGAAGGGCAACAGUUUGACAGGGAGAUGCUAAGUGCUAUAUUUGACGUUGCACGUGAAAUGGAGAAGAUAGAAAAAAGCUCUUCUCAAAGUGAGAUACUCAAGGGCUACCUAAUGGCUACUCUCUUUUACGAGCCUUCUACGCGUACCAGGCUCUCGUUUGAAUCUGCAAUGAAACGUUUGGGAGGGGAAGUCUUAACAACCGAGAACGCUAGAGAAUUUUCCUCUGCUGCUAAAGGGGAAACACUAGAAGACACUAUAAGAACAGUGGAGGGAUACUCAGAUAUAAUUGUGAUGCGACAUUUUGAAAGCGGUGCUGCUAAAAGAGCUGCAGCUACUGCCAAUAUACCUGUCAUAAAUGCAGGUGAUGGUCCUGGAGAGCAUCCCACUCAGGCUCUCUUGGAUGUCUACACAAUCCAAAGUGAAAUUGGAAAACUAGAUGGCAUCAGUGUAGCAUUAGUUGGAGAUCUUGCCAACGGAAGAACAGUCCGGUCGCUUGCAUACUUGCUUGCCAAAUUUAAAGACGUGAAGAUAUACUUUGUCUCACCUGAAAUCGUUAAGAUGAAGGAUGAUAUAAAAGACUAUUUGACAUCAAACGGGGUAGAAUGGGAAGAAAGUUCAGAUUUAAUGGAAGUAGCAUCAAAGUGUGACGUGGUUUAUCAAACACGAAUCCAGAGAGAGCGGUUUGGAGAAAGGCUUGACCUUUACGAAGCUGCUCGUGGGAAGUAUAUAGUAGACAAGGCAUUGUUAGGAGUGAUGCAGAAAGAUGCUGUUAUCAUGCAUCCUUUACCAAGAUUAGAUGAAAUCACUGCUGAUGUGGAUGCUGAUCCAAGAGCUGCUUACUUCAGACAAGCAAAGAACGGUUUGUUCAUUAGAAUGGCUCUUCUGAAGUUACUGCUUGUUGGUUGGUGAUGAACUGAAUCCCAAGACUGUGACAGAAGAGACAUAUCAAAUGCAAGGACUCGCAAUAAUAAAAACGUUUUUGUUUUGUUUGUGUAUGUAGCAAAAAAAAAAAAGGCUGUGAUCUUGUUGAUGUUACUCAAAAGAACAUAUAUGGUCAAAGCGUUGAUUUGUUGAUCUUUGAUUAUUACAUUAAAUCAAUUUCAUAUGA